AUGGAAACAGCUAAAAGGGUUGCCGCAGAACAAACAUCUGUUCCCGUAAUUUUUGCGAUAUUUAUUUUAGGACGUAUCAUCAUCAAAGCCUUGUAUGGACGCCGAUUAGUAAGAUCUCACAACUGGAAGAACAUACUCAUUUUAGGAAAGCAAGCAUUUGUCGUUCUUCGCGAAAGCCCUUAUGUCAACAUCCAGCUCAUUGUGUAUGCUGACAAUGUGAGCAUUAGCAAGGCUAUGCUAAAAUUUUGUGGAUCUCUUUCAAAGGAAACCAUCGUUGAUAUUGUUGGAAAGGUUGUUAAAGCCUCUACACCAAUUCUUUCAUGUUCUGUCUUUAGCCAUGAAAUUCAUGUUGAAGAGCUUUGGGUUGUCUCGCCCUCAGCCACUCUACCUAUCAAUUUGGAAGAUGCAUCGCGCCCGGAUUUCAGUUCUUCUCCAGAAGAAGAGGCUCUGCCUCGUGUAAAUCUUGAUACCCGACUUGAUAAUCGCGUGAUUGAUUUGAGAACCCCCGCCAAUGAUGCCAUUUUUCAAAUGCUUUCUGAAAUCGAAUGGCAUUUUGAACGAUUUUUCCAUUUGAAUGACUUUAGAAAAAUCCACUCGCCAAAGAUGAUAUCUGCUGCGUCUGAGGGAGGCGCAAAUGUCUUCAAGGUCAAAUACUUUAACGGCGAUGCUUUCCUUGCGCAAUCUCCUCAAUUGUACAAGCAAAUGGCUAUUUGUGCACAUUUCAAUCGAGUCUAUGAAAUUGGGCCGGUUUUCAGAGCUGAAAAUUCGUUUACCCACCGCCAUUUGACCGAGUUUACAGGUGUUGAUUUGGAGAUGACAUUUACAUCCCAUUACCACGAAGUAAUGGAUAUGAUCGCAUCGAUGUUCGUUUUUGUCUUUGAUGCGCUGAAGGAUCCCAAAUAUAGCAAAUAUUUUGAGGCCAUUCACAAACAACAUCCUUUUGAAGAACUUCAGUACUUGGAGAAGACGCUGGUUCUUCAAUAUUCUGAAGGAGUCGCUAUGUUACGUGCCGUUGGGAUCGAGAUGGCUGCUGACGAGGAUUUGAGGCACGUCAUUUUUCACUUAUGCCCUAGCACUACCAAUGAAAAAUUACUAGGAAAGCUGAAACUGGCAAAUGCUUAUGACUUUUUCAUCCGCGGCGAAGAGAUUCUUUCCGGAGCGCAAAGAAUUAAUGACUAUAACUUGCUAGUUCAAAAGGCCACUGAGCAUGGUAUCGACCUAUCGACCAUCAAUUCAUAUCUUGAGGCCUUUCGGUAUGGCGCUCCACCACAUGCCGGCGGUGGAAUUGGGCUCGAGCGUGUUGUCAUGCUGUACUUUGGACUUGGAAACAUUCGCAAGACCUCGCUAUUUCCUCGUGAUCCAAAGCGUUUGACACCAUAA